ACGGCGGUGGUACGCGCGAGAGCUUGGCCGGGCCACGUAGCGGGGCUGUAGACACCGGUGCGCAGGUAUCUCCGCAGCCCGUACCGGACACCGACAGACACUCUCCAACACAUUUGCACAAAAAGAUCAUCGGCGUUGCUCUUUCUAAAUGCACAUCCGCGAAUCUAGAGGGAAGGCGAGCGAGGAAAGUGCGCGUGCAGCCCCGAAUCUGUGCAACUCUGAUUGCACGAACGCGAGAGGGAGGUCGACGGAGGUAAAGGACUGUAAAUGGCUCUCCAAGCAAUACACAGAAGUCCCUACAGCAGUUCCAUGUCUGGCAGUCAGCUCGUCUUUACCCGCUCUGCAGUUUGAAGACACUGGCUCCCUGCAGGGCAGCAGCCUUCAGAGGAACUGAAUCUGGGAUCUGCCUACACCUCACAUACCGACUUGAGAGGAAUUUAGCUCCAAAUGUUCAGCAUCAAAGACACUGAGCCUUUAAAGUUGAAGUUGGAUUUUUAAGCAUAUGGAGCAAAACUUGGAACGGAUUGUAUGUCUUUCCGACUGCAUUUCCUACCCUGGACAGCAUGGAUGCUCUUUUUGAAUCAGGGUGAAUAUCAUUCGCCUCAUCCCCUCCUUCCUGUCUCUUCAGUAGAAGGAGGGUGGGGGAUUGGUGUGGCGUCCCCUGCCCCUCCUUGUACAGUAGGCUAGUCUACCUUGGCACACUAGUAGUUACUCUUUUUUUCCCCCACCAACUCCAUCACUCAAUCCUCUCUCCCUCUUCAUGAAAUCCUGCAAGAGCCUGAGGGAAGAGGUUUCUGUCCCUAGCCUUGGCGGGAUGUCACAGGAGGAAGGACGCAGGGUUCCGGUGUCCCAGUCCUAUUUUCACUCCUCUAACCCAGAUCUGGAUCUGGCAGGCAAGCUGUAUAAGAGGGAAGUUGGUGGUAAGCCGUAUUCUGUGUUAGUGGACAAUAAAAUGGCAGCCAAGACAUCCGUGGGAGAUCAGAACAUUGGUCAGAUGCCCACUACACAUAUGACGCCACAGCAGCAUCAGCAGUAUUUCAGAGAGGGAGGAGUAGGGCAGGAGGUGGGGACGCAUGGGUCCCAGGCUGCCAACGACGGCACAUCUGACGACACUGAAGAUGAUGACGAUGAUGAUGAUGAGGAAGAAGAGGAUGAAGAUGGGGAGGAGGAGAGUUUCAAGCGUGAGCAGAUCAUUGUCGAGGUUAACCUGAACAACCAGACGCUUCAUGUAUCCAAGGGGGACAACAAAACUGGAACCGCACCAGAUGACUCUGAAAGAGUUUGCAGCGACGACGACGAUGAUGAGGAGGAGGAGGAAGAAGAGGAGGAGGAGGAGGACAGCCUCGAUGAAGAAGAGGAAGACGAGGAGGAGAUCGAGAGUCGAAGAACAAGGUCAAAGAGGGCCCGUCGCAGUGCUAGUAGCACAGCAGCUCCCAGCCAGCCACGGAGGAAAAGCCUCAGAACAGCUCUGAGCACAGCAUCUGCUGGAAUGACCACCAGGGGCCGACGGAAGCGCAUAGAGCCCACAAAGAGCAAGCGCAGGUCCAACAGGUCGGCCCCGUCGUCUGCCGGUUCCAUGACGACAGGAGGGAAAGCGGAUGUGGAGGAGAAGGAGAUGCUGGCGUGUGAAAAGUGCCCCCGGGUGUUUAACACACGCUGGUACCUGGAGAAGCACAUGAAUGUCACUCACAGGCGAAUGCAGAUUUGCGACAAGUGUGGCAAGAAGUUUGUCCUGGAGAGUGAGCUGGCCUUACACCAACAGACUGACUGUGAGAAGAACAUCCAGUGUGUCUCCUGCAACAAGUCUUUUAAGAAGCUGUGGUCACUGCAUGAGCACAUUAAGAUUGUGCACGGCUAUGCAGAGAAGAAGUUCUCAUGUGAAAUCUGUGAGAAGAAGUUCUACACUAUGGCUCAUGUCCGCAAGCACAUGGUUGCUCAUACAAAGGACAUGCCAUUUACCUGUGAGACAUGUGGGAAGUCGUUUAAACGCAGCAUGUCUUUAAAAGUUCACUCACUCCAGCAUUCUGGAGAGAAACCUUUCCGUUGUGAGAACUGUGACGAGCGGUUCCAAUACAAGUACCAGCUGCGCUCCCACAUGAGCAUUCACAUCGGACACAAGCAGUUCAUGUGCCAAUGGUGUGGCAAAGACUUCAACAUGAAACAGUAUUUUGAUGAGCACAUGAAAACACAUACAGGAGAGAAGCCUUUCAUCUGUGAGAUCUGUGGGAAGAGCUUCACCAGUCGGCCCAACAUGAAGCGCCACCGCCGCACUCACACUGGGGAGAAGCCCUACCCCUGCGAGGUGUGCGGCCAGCGCUUCCGCUUCUCCAACAUGCUCAAAGCACACAAAGAGAAGUGUUUCCGGGUCACCAGCCCUGUGGUCCUGCAGACCAGCGGCCCACCCGUGCCUGUCCGCAUCUUUGCCAACACCUUCUCCUCCUCUUCCUCCAUCUCUGGUCCCAGUCCCUCUGCUGCCAGCCCCGCCACCACCUCAGCACCCAUGGGCCUCAACCCGACAGGAGGGCCCAUGCCUCCACGAGGACCCGUGGGACACACGUUCUCCCACAUACAGCUCCAUUCAAACCCCUCUCACCAUCAUCCCCAUCCCACGACGACCCAGCAACACCUCUCAAACACACCCCAACAUGCCCCACCUCACCCCCACCACCACCUGGCAGUGCCCCCAGUCUCCCAUCUGCCCCCACCCCCGGCCCUAUUCAAGAGCGAGCCCUUAAACCACUGUGGGCACGAAGACAGCGGCUACCUGCAUCACAUGGCUCCACCCGACAAGGGCCCUGGAGCCCCGCAGCACCACUGAACUGGACUCCAGCUCUGCAGGCCCACACCAAACCGCGCCUUGUUCCUCCUCUUCUCAUAGUCCUGCAUCAGUCUCUCAGUUGCAGUGCCCCUGAUGAAAGGGUGCUCCUCUCAAACUGAUUUAAAUAAGUCAAUCUACACAUACACACCUGCGUAUGUGAUUCAGACUUAUUCACACUCAGUGCACACAUUAUUUAAGUAAUACUCCUACUUAAAUACCCUGGUCACAAAGUGGCAAAGAUUUUACAACCUCGAAAAGAAAAAAAUCUUGAACAUUUUCUUAGGAAAUCUACUCAAAAUGUUUUCUGUGCGAGUUCUCUAUUUGUACAUUGAUGGGUUUAAAGUGUCUCCUUUUCACCGGAAGCUGCUGAUGGGAGGUCGACGUAUGUAUUACCUGAGCUACAUGGAUCAUCAAGGAUCAGUGUCAUUUAACGUUCCUCCUUAUAUUCACUUAUGGAUGCACACUGAUCAGGACACUCUGUGCACUUCCUCCCCAUAGCAAUACUCAACCUGUCCUACUAGUUGAACUGUAGAGCCUCGUCUCACAGCUUUGUUUAAUGAAUGUUGAAACUGGUUCUACCUUAACCUUUAGCCCAAGGUCUAGGCUUUUAUGUCAGAGGGGAAACAGCAGUAGUGCAAAAUGCAGUGCCAACAUUAAAUGGUUAGUUGAAUCUAGACAAAGUUUGAGAUUCACAUUAUGGUUAAAUGGUGCUUUCCAUUCCAGUGCAUACAGUGUUUCUUAAUUUUGAUUUUCCAUUUGAUUUUCAGAAGUUUAAUAUUACAAAAUAACAAUGUAUUGUGUCGACCUGGCAUUUCUGCAAUGGAUGCGAGGUUUGACUGGAUAUGUUGUGAUCAAGAAACUCAGAUUAUGCAGGACAUGCACCCUCACAAAGCACACACUCGAACGACAAAGACCAUAUGGUCACUGAUUUACUUGCUGUGAUCGGUGCAACCUCAGAACUGUUGGUCAACAGAUGCUUUUAGAUAACGGAUGACUGUCAAAUACUGCCACUGUGAGGGGCCAAACACGUGGCCCCAUCAGGAUUUACCCCACUUCCCUUCGCUGCUGUCGAAAUGAUACGGGUUACCAUGUGAAAGGUCAUUUGACACACACACACACACACACACAGUAUACACACCUGGGACCUUUUUCAUCACAGUUCUUAACAGGCAAUUAUGCAUAUUCCUCUCAGCCUAUAUUCCACAGUUGGGUGUGGGGAGUUGUUGUUAUACAAAGGUUUGCUUUUUGACUACGUACUGAUUAAUCCACAGAGGCAAACGUGUCUAAACCUGUUGAAUGUUGCCUUCGCUGAUGGCUGAUGACUCAUUUAUGUUGUUUUUAUAUUCUCUGAUUAUUUGCUCAGUUUUAAGCUAAUGUAGAUAUACUGUUGUUAGCACAUGAUAGGAAAUGUCAGGAUAAAAGGCAGUGGUUAUACAACUUCUAAUAUUUGGAAUACUUAUAUAAAUAAGCAUCCAUGUGAUCAAGUCAGCGUCAGAGGUUACAUUUAUUAAUGUAAUAGCCGAUGGUGUGAAUGUUAUUUGUUUAAAAUAAGCAUUAAGGGUUGGCAAGUAUUUGUCAUGAAUUUGAGUUGCGUGGUUGGUAGUCCUUCACCCAGUCUGACUGUCAGAUGUGUGUGUAGGAGCAACAUUGAACUUUGUGAGUGUGUGUGUGUGUGUGUGAGUGAGUGUUGGGAGCGAGCGAGCAUAAGUGUGCAUGCAUUUCCUCUACCAGUCUGUCUGGUUGUCCCCAGUGCUCUUCUACCAAAAGCUGCUUUUACACAGUGUGCCCCAAUAUAUAUGUGUAUUUGGGGAUACCUGAGAUGGACAAUAGCAGUAAAUUUAACAUGAUCCUCUUUCUACCGCUCUUAACGGUAUUCCGUCUGAAGUGGUUCAGCUCAGUAGUUUAGAAUGUCCCCUUUUGAUUUGAGACCUGCAAUUAUCCUGCCAUUUCUAUGGGUCUUAAUACGGCUGCAUUAUUUGCUUUUCAUCCUGUCCCCUCGGGUUCACUGCUGUGCUUCAGCGUUUCUGCAGCAUGGAUCUUUGUCUUGUUUUCUUUUUUUGUUGUUUUUUUAAAAGCCUUUUCGUUCAUGUUUUUUCUCUGCACUUUACUGCUGCGUGGGUGAGGCACAGGGAAGGGAGGGACUGACAAUGCAUUGUGGAACAGAGUGCAGUUGCGGCUGCAUGGGAAAGGGUGGAGGUGAUUAUUUUGAGUGGAUGUUUUUAGGCAAGGAAAGGAGGAGAACCCCGGGUGGAGGCGGUUAGUGUGGAAGGGACCAUAGCAAACAAAAGGACAAGACUUUUAAUAUGCGCAUACGUUUAAUUUCUUAUUUAAUUGUUUUUUUUCAAAGAAAUUCCCUUUUGCUCAAAUAUGGACCUCCCCUCAAAGUGAAAGCUAAGUUCCUCCUGCUUUGGUGACUUUACACUAGCCCCCUCCAAGCUGUGGCUGAAAUUCAUUCUUUUGUUCUGUUUGUACAUGGAGUUUUUCCUGUUUUGUCUCAGUUUGUCAAACGAUUCUCCUCCUCCUUUCUUUGUUUUAUAGAAUGCACUUUCUACUAAAAUUCUUGGCUAGUUAAGAAAAAAUAACAUUGUAUAUUCUUUAAAGAUGUUUUAAAAAAAUCAAUAUACUUUUUCCCCUUUGUAUUUUUAACCACUUAAUGUAGCAUUGCGUAUUUUAUUAUUGUAUCUGGUACAAAAUGUGCAGCUUUAUAAUGUCCUGGUUUGUCCUUUUUUGUAUGUUAUCUGGAGAUUGAGGAGAAGUGAAAAAGUUGGGCCUUUUUUGAUAAUGUACAUUUAACUGACUGCUAACUUUGAGAAGUAAAAACAAGUAGCCAUGAU